AUGUGUUCGGCAACCAGAUGUAUCUGUUCGGGAACACCUCCCUACAGCCUGGAUAAGUAUAGCUGUCACAAGAUUGUACCUGUUUCUGCUCACAAGUCGGUAGAAGAGGUGAAGGCAUUAUACCAAGAGUUAAUUGGCCCAAUGAUCACGGAGUCAAAUAGGCCGAUUACAGCUUCAACCAAACAAUCGUUUAAAUCUGAAGUAAUUAAUGAGGAUAAUAAUUUGGAGGAAGACCUGGAUGAGAUCGGGUUGCAAGACUUAGAGGCAACCUCUGCCCAGUUAGACGAUUUGAAAGCUGAUGUUCAAAAUCCUUUGGAAGAAGUUAACCUAGGAGAUUCAAAAAAUCCUAGGCCUGUAUAUAUUAGUCAACUUUUGCCAGAAGACGUAAAAGAAAAGCUCAUUCAGCUUUUGACAGAAUUCAGAUCUUGUUUUGCCUGGAAUUAUGACGAACUUCCAGGCUUGUCUAGAGAUUUGGUGGAACACAAGUUACCUAUCCAGCGGAGAUUCAGGCCUUUCAAACAGCCACCAAGGAGGAUGUCCAAUGAGGUCUACUUGCAAGUGAAAGAUGAGAUCGAACACCUUUUCAAUGCUGGGUUUAUACGAAUGGCUAGGUAUGUUACUUGGCUUUCUAAUGUCGUAUCAGUCCUUAAGAAGAAUGGCAAGAUCAGGGUCUGUGUGGACUUCAGAAAUUUGAAUUUGGCUUCCCCAAAGGAUGAGUAUCCAAUGCCAGUUGCAGAUCUUUUGGUGGAUGGGGCCUCUGGUCAUAGGGUUUUGUCCUUUAUGGAUGGUCAUUCCGGAUAUAAUCAGAUCUUCAUCGAUGAGGUCGAUACGGCUAAGACCGCUUUUAGGUGUCCCGGAGCUUUGGGAACCUUUGAGUGGGUUGUAAUGCCUUUUGGCUUAAAGAAUGCAAGAGCCUCAUUUCAACGAGGGAUGAACGCCAUCUUCCAUGAUUUCAUUGGCCGUUUCAUGGAGAUCUACAUCGAUGACAUAGUGGUCAAGUCUCAGUCCUACGAAGAACACUUGGAGCAUUUGAGGAGGUCGUUCUUGAGAAUGCAACAAUUCGACUUGAAGGUGAACCCCUUAAAGUGUGCCUUUGGAGUCUCCGCAGGCAAGUUCUUAGGGUUUUUGGUUCACAACAGAGGGAUUGAGAUUGAUAAGAAUAAGGCCAAGGCAAUUAUUGAAGCAAAGCCUCCUACUACCAAGAGGGAGUUCCAGAAGCUCUUAGGAUCAUUCAACUUUUUGAGAAGGUUCAUUUCAAACCUAGCAGGGAAGGUUCAGGUCUUCUCUCAACUCUUGUGGCUGAAGGAUCAAGACACUUUUGUUUGGGAGGCAAGCCAUCAAAAGGCCUUUGACGAGAUCAAAGGCUACCUAGCAAAGGCUCCAGUCCUUAUGCCUCCCAUCAAGAACAAGCCUUUGAAGCUCUACAUUUCAGCUGUAAAAAGCUUUAUUGGAUGCCUUUUAGCACAAGACAAUAAGCAAGGGAAAGAGCAAGCUGUGUAUUAUUUAAGUAGGCUGUUAACUCCUUGUGAAAGGAGAUAUACUCUUGUUGAAAAGUUGUGUCUUUCUUUGUACUUUGCAGCAAUAAAAUUGAGGCAUUACAUGCUUCCUGUUGUGGUUUACAUCAUGAGUCAAACAGGUCUUAUUAAGUACCUACUUUGUCAGCCAAUCAUACGGGGUCGAAUAGGUAAAUGGUCUCUGGCUUUAAUGGAGUUCAGUUUUCAAUAUGUCCCUCAAAAGGCUGUAAAGGGCCAGGCCUUAGCAGAUUUUCUUGCGGAUCAUCCUUGUGUGGAUAUCGGCAAAGAAUCUGAUACAGGGCUGACUGAAUAUGAAGCAAUGGUAAUAGGCCUUGAGAUCUUAAGAGAUCUUCAGACUAGAGAAGUAAAGGUUAUAGGGGAUUCAAACCUUGUAAUCAACCAUCUGGCAAGGACGUUUAAAUGCUAUAAUGAGGAGCUAGCUCCUUAUUACAUGGCAGCGGUGCAGUUAAUUCAAGACUUCGAUAACGUAAUUGUCAAACAUGUCUCAAGGAGUAUGUAUACGGAAGCGAACAGUUUGGCUCAGGCCUUAACAGGCCGGAAGCUGUCACCAGAGACUCUUCAUAAUAUCAUUACGGUCCAGAAAAGGCUACUCCCUUCUGUAAGGAGAAAAGGUUUAGGCCUAGAAGUACUUGUCUUAGACCUUCCAGUUGAAGAAGAAGAAGAGGGUAAGGAGGAUUGGCGGGAUCCCAUCAUUGCUUACCUAAAACAGCCUCAUACGGGAGCUAGUAGGAAGGUUAAGAGAAGAGCAUUGAGUUAUGUUCUUCUUGGGGAUGAGUUAUACAAGAAAGGCCUCAAGGAUGAUUUGUUAUUGAGGUGUUUAUGCCAUACCGAGGCCAUGAAGGUAAUGGCAGAAGUCCACGAAGGGAUUUGUGGAGCACAUCAGUCCGGUAUAAAGAUGAGAUGGCUUAUUAGAAGGUAUGGUUACUAUUGGCCCACUAUCUUAGAGGAUUGUAUACGUUUUUCUAAGGGCUGCCAGCCUUGUCAAGCUCAUGGCCCAAUACAUCAUACACCUGCAACUGAUUACCAAGCUGUGGUGAAGCCUUGGCCUUUUAGAGGCUGGGCUUUAGACGUAAUUGGGAUCGUCUAUCCUCCUUCAUCGAAGCAACACAAGUUCAUUUUGGUAGCUACAGAUUAUUUUACAAAGUGGGCAGAGGCCUUUCCAUUGAGAUCUGUGGAUCAACAAGAUGUGAUCAAAGUUAUGAAGGAAAAGAUUAUCCAUAGGUUCGGUAUACCGGAGCAUUUUGUGGUGGAUAGAGGCUUAGUGUUCUUUGGAGCACAAGUUCGGUCCUUUGCAAGCCAAUUCAAUAUACAGCUCUCUCAUUCAACACCUUAUUAUGCACAAGGGAAUGGUCAAGCUGAAUCAACCAAUAAGACCUUAAUUGGGAUUAUUGAGAAGAUGAUAGAAGAAAAUCCAAGGGUUUGGCAUGAGCUCCUCUCUGAUGCAUUAUGGGCUUACAGAACUUCAAAGAAAGAGGCUACAAAUGUUACUCCGUACAUGUUGGUAUAUGGCCAUGACCUCAUACUUCCUACGGAGGUGACAGUUAGAUCAGCCAGAAUUGCUUACCAGAAUGGUUUAAGUCCUGCUUAUUACAGCCAAGCUAUGUUAAUGGAGAUGGAAGACCUUGAUGAGGUGAGAUUAGCUGCUUUAGACCAUAUGCUGGUUCAGAAGCGUCACGUGGCUAAGGCUUAUAAUAGAAGAGUAAGAAGGAAGAGUUUCACCGAAGGAGAUUUGGUGUGGCAGGUGUUCAAAGGUAAUGUGUAUCUUUUAAUGGGUUUAGAUGGUGGAAUGCAUAAACAUACUAUCAAUGGAAAUUUUUUGAAACAUCAUUAUCCUACGAUGUGGGAAAUGAGAGAUUUCAAUGAAAAGCUACCAUCAAAGCCAUAA